AUGAUAUGGCACGCACGCGACUCCAUUGCUCUUGUUGAGCUCAUCUUCUACAUACCAUUCGCGCUUGUUUCGGCCUUCGUCUGCUACCACCACGGGUUUAGUCGCAGCAGCGGAUGGAUCUACACACUCAUCCUGUGCAUUGUACGAAUAAUCGGUGGCAUUUGCCAGUUUGUAUCGCACAGUAGCCAGUCAGCUGGGUUGUUGCAAACGAUCUUGUUGUUGGACUCCGUAGGUCUUUCCCCGUUACUUCUGGCCACGUUGGGACUUAUUUCUCGGUUCGUCGACUUCAUCAAUGCCGCUUUGACGCCCAAGUUCACGGUGCGACACUUUCGCAUCUUACAACUGGUCUUACUCGUCGGCAUGAUCCUCGCCAUUGUCGGCGGCUCGAAUGUCUCGGUCGAUGCUAAUGGGACCUACCAAAUCCCUAGCGCUAGCAAGAUUGGCGUCAUCCUGUACACCGUUGGAUUCGUUGGCAUCACACUUGUCUUUGUAUUGUCCGUACCACAGACUUCCGCCGUUCCAAGCAAGGAGCGGCGCGUGCCCAUUGCCAUUACCCUCGCACUCCCGUUCAUCCUCGUACGACUGACCUACUCCAUGCUAUCAGUCUUCGUUCACGACCAUCUCUUCAGCGUCGCAACGGGGAGUGUACCUGUCAGGACUGGGAUGGCAGUCAUAGAAGAGUUUAUCGUUGUGGCAGUGUACGUGAUCUUGGGCCUUCUUGUCGACAAACUGGACGCGUCCACUAGGGGACCCAUCGCAAGCCGACCUUGGAAUGCGAGGAAAAGGAAGAUGAGCCAGCAAGCAACAACCAACACAGUUGUGGACCUCGAGGCUCAGCAUCUGAACAGCUACCCCACGGCUGUAUCAUCACCUCAUCCGCAGUCGAAUGGUGUAGCGAGAUAA